CGGAUGGUAUGCUUUGUCGGCGGACAUGCUAGUUUCAACACUUCACUGGCACAUGCGGGUGUGGAUGGGCCUAUUUCUAUCGCACCACCAGUCGUCCAGCCCCGAAAUCCGUCCUGUUCGACAUACUGCUACGAGAAAGCUUGCCCGUCGCUGCCAGAACUCCGAGUAGGCCGGGUUGAGUCUACGCAGGACUUGCAUGUAACUACCCACUCACACGCGAUCCCCUCCGAGUCAAAGCCUCGGCAAUCCAGCCACCCGCCAACCGCCUACACCUGUCGACGAAUCCUUGAAUCCAACAUGCCCAUCCUUCACGCGCACUGCCCCGACUCAAAUCCCGCAUGCGACGUGACCAACCGGUUCCGGGCGUGCACAAGUACAAACGUCCACCAAACGAUCGAGAUCCCAUCAUUCCUCCCCGGGGAAGCAUCGAAGAUUCGAACCUGCGACCCGCCGAUGCCAGGCACGGACACGGACUCGGACGCAUCGCGCCCGCGCCCGAUCGAACCUGAACCGGAGUCGAGCCGCGGACGAAUCAGCGUCCCAGGAUUCCAUGCGAGUGUAGUCGACAUCCACGCACCGACUCGGCCUGUUUCCGACCAGGCCGUCGACACAGUCCACCCGGAGCUCGAGGCACGAGGGCGGCGGAACCCGCACCCAUGCUCGCCCGAACGCAUAUGA